AUGGCGCCGCGCGGGGGCGGGGCGCCGCCCUGGGGUGCGCUUCGGCCCUGACUGGAAACUGAGUAGACUCGGCUGGGAGAUUCCGCCGAGCUGAGGCUGUGGGGCAGGCAGGCCGGAGCAUGGCGGACCAGAUUCCCCUGUACCCCGUGCGCAGCGCGGGCGCCGCAGCCAGCCACAGACGUGCGGCCUACUACAGCUCCGCCGGGCCCGGGCCCGGUGCCGACCGGCGCGGCAGGUACCAGCUGGAGGAUGAGUCUGCCCAUUUGGAUGAAAUGCCACUGAUGAUGUCUGAAGAAGGCUUUGAGAAUGAUGAAAGUGAUUACCACACAUUACCUCGAGCUAGGAUAACACGGAGAAAGAGAGGACUGGAGUGGUUUGUCUGUGGAGGAUGGAAGUUCCUCUGUACCAGUUGCUGUGAUUGGCUAAUAAAUGUUUGUCAAAGGAAGAAAGAGCUAAAAGCUCGAACAGUAUGGCUUGGAUGUCCAGAGAAGUGUGAAGAGAAACAUCCUAGGAAUUCUAUCAAAAAUCAGAAAUACAAUGUAUUUACCUUUAUACCUGGGGUUUUGUAUGAACAAUUCAAGUUUUUCUUGAAUCUCUAUUUUCUGGUAGUGUCCUGCUCACAGUUUGUACCAGCAUUGAAAAUUGGCUACCUCUACACCUACUGGGCUCCUCUGGGAUUUGUUUUGGCCGUUACGAUUGCACGUGAAGCGAUUGAUGAAUUUCGACGUUUUCAGCGAGACAAGGAAAUGAAUUCACAGUUAUAUAGCAAGCUUACAGUAAGAGGUAAAGUUCAAGUUAAGAGCUCAGACAUACAAGUUGGAGACCUCAUCAUAGUGGAAAAGAACCAAAGAAUUCCAUCAGAUAUGGUAUUUCUUAGAACUUCAGAGAAAGCAGGUUCAUGUUUUAUCCGCACGGACCAGCUAGAUGGUGAGACUGACUGGAAGCUGAAGGUGGCGGUGAGCUGCACACAACGGCUGCCAGCCCUCGGGGACCUUUUUUCUAUCAGUGCCUAUGUUUAUGCUCAGAAGCCACAACUGGAUAUUCAUAGCUUUGAAGGAACAUUUACCAGGGAAGACAGUGAUCCUCCCAUUCAUGAGAGUCUCAGCAUAGAGAACACUCUGUGGGCAAGCACUAUUGUUGCAUCAGGUACUGUAAUAGGUGUUGUCAUUUAUACUGGAAAAGAGACUCGAAGUGUAAUGAACACAUCCAAUCCAAAAAAUAAGGUUGGUUUAUUGGACCUCGAACUCAAUCAGCUGACAAAGGCGCUAUUUCUGGCUUUAGUUGUUCUUUCUGUUGUUAUGGUAACCUUACAGGGAUUUGCAGGCCCAUGGUACCGUAAUCUUUUUCGGUUCCUCCUUCUCUUUUCCUACAUCAUUCCCAUAAGUCUGCGAGUAAACUUGGAUAUGGGCAAAGCAGCAUAUGGAUGGAUGAUUAUGAAAGAUGAGAAUAUUCCUGGUACAGUUGUUCGGACCAGCACAAUACCAGAAGAACUUGGACGCCUGGUGUACUUACUGACAGACAAAACAGGGACGCUCACUCAGAAUGAAAUGGUAUUUAAGCGGCUCCAUCUGGGCACUGUCUCCUACGGAACGGACACUAUGGACGAAAUCCAAAGUCACGUCCUGAAUUCCUACCUGCAGGUACACUCACAGCCAAGUGGGCACAACCCAAGCUCUGCUCCACUGAGAAGAAGCCAGUCCUCAACGCCUAAAGUCAAGAAGAGCGUCAGCAGUAGAAUCCAUGAAGCAGUGAAAGCCAUUGCCCUUUGUCAUAAUGUCACUCCUGUGUAUGAGGCUCGGGCUGGCAUCACUGGGGAGACUGAGUUUGCUGAAGCAGACCAAGACUUUAGUGAUGAGAACCGCACCUACCAGGCCUCCAGCCCCGAUGAGGUGGCACUGGUACGAUGGACAGAGAGUGUUGGGCUCACUCUGAUCAGCAGGGAUCUUGCUUCCAUGCAGCUGAAGACCCCCAGUGGCCAGGUCUUGACCUACUGCAUCCUACAGAUGUUCCCCUUCACCUCCGAGAGCAAGCGGAUGGGCAUCAUAGUCAGAGAUGAAUCCACAGCAGAAAUUACAUUCUAUAUGAAAGGUGCUGAUGUCGCAAUGUCCACCAUUGUCCAGUACAAUGAUUGGCUAGAAGAGGAGUGUGGAAACAUGGCACGAGAGGGCCUGCGAACCCUUGUGGUAGCCAAGAGGACUCUGACAGAAGAGCAAUACCAGGAUUUUGAGAGCCGAUACAGUCAAGCCAAACUGAGUAUCCAUGACCGGGCUCUGAAAGUCGCUGCUGUUGUAGAAAGCCUGGAGAGAGAGAUGGAGCUGUUGUGCCUCACUGGGGUGGAGGACCAGCUGCAAGCUGAUGUGAGGCCCACACUAGAGAUGCUGCGCAAUGCAGGGAUCAAGAUUUGGAUGCUAACAGGCGAUAAACUGGAAACAGCUACUUGUAUUGCCAAAAGCUCACACUUGGUGUCCAGAACACAAGACAUUCAUGUUUUCAGACCAGUAACCAGUCGGGGAGAAGCCCAUUUGGAGCUAAAUGCGUUUAGAAGGAAGCAUGACUGUGCACUGGUUAUAUCUGGGGAUUCUCUGGAGGUCUGCCUGAGGUACUACGAGCAUGAACUUGUGGAGCUGGCCUGCCAGUGCCCUGCUGUGGUCUGCUGCCGCUGCUCACCCACCCAGAAGGCCCACAUCGUGACCCUGUUACGCCAGCAUACCAGAAAGCGCACCUGUGCCAUCGGCGACGGAGGGAAUGACGUGAGCAUGAUCCAGGCUGCUGACUGUGGGAUUGGGAUUGAAGGAAAGGAGGGCAAACAGGCUUCUCUGGCAGCGGACUUCUCCAUCACACAGUUCAGACACAUCGGCAGGCUGCUCAUGGUGCACGGACGGAACAGCUACAAACGGUCUGCAGCACUUGGCCAGUUUGUCAUGCACAGGGGCCUCAUCAUCUCCACCAUGCAGGCUGUGUUUUCUUCAGUCUUCUACUUUGCAUCUGUACCGCUGUACCAGGGAUUCCUUAUGGUAGGGUAUGCAACUAUCUACACCAUGUUCCCAGUGUUCUCCUUAGUGUUGGACCAAGAUGUAAAGCCAGAGAUGGCGAUUCUCUACCCAGAGCUGUACAAGGACCUCACCAAGGGAAGAUCCCUUUCCUUCAAGACCUUCCUCAUCUGGGUUUUGAUCAGUAUUUACCAAGGAGGCAUCCUCAUGUAUGGGGCACUGCUGCUCUUCGAGGACGAGUUUGUCCAUGUUGUGGCCAUCUCCUUCACAGCGCUGAUCCUGACCGAGCUGCUCAUGGUGGCCCUGACUAUCAGGACGUGGCACUGGCUGAUGGUUGUGGCGGAGUUCCUCAGUCUGGGCUGCUAUGUCGCCUCACUUGCUUUUCUAAAUGAGUAUUUUGGUAUAGGCAGAGUGUCUUUUGGCGCUUUCUUAGAUGUUGCCUUCAUCACAACCGUGACCUUCUUGUGGAAAGUGUCAGCCAUCACUGUGGUCAGCUGCCUCCCACUCUACGUGCUCAAGUACUUGAAGAGAAAGCUGUCCCCUCCCAGCUACUCCAAGCUGUCCUCCUGAGUGGGGCAUGAGGCCAGGUAGAGACUCAUGCGCUGGGCAGCAUGAGGGACUGGCACUGCUGGCGGGCUGAGGGCGAGCUCACCCAGCAUUGCACUGCGUGAACAGCUACUGAGAGGAAGUGACAGCCUCGGCACAGCUGGGCAGGCUUCGCUCCUGAGCGCCAGAAGUGUAAUUUCUGCGGUGGUGAACUGCAGAAAGCCAUUCCUGAUCAGACUGCAGGGGCCAUGCCUGCACAUGCCAUUGCACCUCAGGAGACAGUGGGUAACUCGUCCUCUUCAGAUGCAGUUUUGCUUUUCAGCGGACACCACACACACAAGCCCAGGUGGCCAAGCGGUGACACUGCUGUCCUAAUUCCGUUGCAGCUAUGAAUGUAAACCAUUCCUCAAGGCACUGCUGUUAGCUGAUGCAUUUUAUAUCUGUAAAACCAUACUCAGAACUGUUUACGUAGAACUCAGCUGUCCUGUGCUGCCACAGCACCAACCACAAUGCUUUGCUCCCUGAGUAGGAGUCCUCGUCCGUGUGCUUAUACCCGGCACUCGUCUGAGCCUGUGAUGGCAGAGCCUCUGUCGAAGGCUGCACUGAGGGCUCAUGGGAGCUCUUUAGAGGAAUUCUGGCCUUAGAGUUAGCCCCAGGAGUUGUGCGUGCAGCUCUGCACUGUACAGCGUGUUCCUGUCACACAGUGGACCUCUUGGCCUCGGCUCUUCACGCUCGGGAGCAGGCUGUGGGAGUCUCCUUUGCACUAGUACUUUGUAUAUGCCUGUGCUCUUCAGCUUGACCUCCCCUCAGACGUGGCCACUGAGACCCUGACUUCCUUGGGGAAGGAAGCGCACGCUGUGAGAGGAGCCUUGGGGAGAGCCUUAACCGGCCGUGAGUGUGUGCAGGCCCUCCACCCGCUCCUCCCUGUGAGCAAAUAAAGCUGCUCAGCCAUCCAUCCCAGAUGCCUUUGACCUGAGCGCCUUUGUUCUUAGCAACCUGUGAGCAUAUUCCCCUGACAGACGAAACUGCAACCAGAAAAGCUGUUUCUCCCAUUCUCCACACGGUGUCACUGUUUGCUGACAGUUCACGGGCUGGUUUCCUCCCUGCUCUAAGAGGGAGCCCAGACCAGCUUGUCUGACCUCAGCUUAUCUGACCUGACUUCGAGAUGCCCCCAUGCCCUCAUUGAUACAGCGUGAAUUAAGAAAGUGCCAGAAGGCUAUGAGCCAAGGCCACAGUGCCAGGGUCAGGGUGUAGACUGAGUGCUGGUCACUCACUCCUCCUGUAUGCUGGGUAGAAAGGAACACACAGGAAGCUAACAGCAUGCUUGUCAAGAGUUAUAGAAAGCCUCACAAGACCAUGAACCUCUGCGGUUCAGCUGCUUUGAUGCAGAGCAGACCUUCCCACAGUGGUGAAUAUGGAACAGCAGGAGGAGUCAGGCUUGAGAAGUCGAGAUGCACCAAGUCCUAGUUAGAAGCUGUGGGAAGCCACUGUGGUUUCUCAUCCUUGAAGUGAACAGCAUCUGCCCCUCAGGAUGCCGCUGUUGGGUCACACGAGACAAGGAUGGGAGGAAGCCCUGGUCAUACACCUGGCACACAGUGACUCAGGAGGACUGAAGAAAACUGCUUAAUAAAGGAUCAUUACCUGACCUAGCUCAGUCCUACAAGGGAGCUUGUCAAGUGUCAGGGGAAACGAGUCACCUUGAGGGGCAGCAUUGUGUUCCUGCUGGCUUCUGAGACAACCUUGUGGGUGUAGUUUUAAAUUCUAGAGCUUCUUGGCUCCAGAGAUUCUCAUGGACAGGCUUGCCUGCUGGUGAGCACUAUCCAGCCCUCACAGGGCUUCUGUGUCUUCUGCAGGCCUCCUUCCCUGCCAUAAAGAAAGGGCCUCUGGGUUGUUGAA